AUGACAGAAUCAUCAGUCUUGGAAUACGCGAGACAUCACGGUCUCGCAAGAAAUCACCUGUCGGAAGACGUCAUCCAGACCAUGCUACACAGUUACACUCACAUUUCUCAAUCCAAGUCAGCUAAAGAAAUCACCCUACUAAUUGAUCCCGAAUUUUCAUCUCUCGUCAGUUUCCUCGAAGAACCGAGAUUACAACUCAGCAGAAACGCUGGUAUCUUUCUAUCUUCAAGUAUUCGGGCGCCUGAAUUUUCACCCCGAUGGGAUGACUUUCUGCCAGAUCCUCAUCGAAAGAGAAAGCUAAAACUCGAACUACCGCUCCUCGCCACUGAUCAUGAUGAAGAUGUGGCUACUGUCAAACGUGCCGUGAAACAAGUGUCGGAUUAG